GCUUCACACAUACACGUUCCUAACCUCAAAUAACUCAGCCUGGGACCAGGAGGGACAUAAACACAGCUUGGAUCUGUUUGUCUGUGAAGUGCUCAUUGCUCUGCUGCCUUGUACAGGGAACCCCAGCCUUGGAUAUCACUAGAACUGAGAAUACUCCAGACUUGACUGAAAAUGCUCCUUUUAUUAUUGGGAAUCAUUGUGUUGCAUGUGGCAGUCCUAGUGCUCCUGUUUGUGGCUACUAUUGUUAGUAGCUGGUUGGUUGGCAAUGGCUACUCGGCAGAUCUGUGGCAAAACUGCAGCGGAACCGCUACAAGUACCUGGCAGUGUCUCUCUGCUUCCAAUAAUGAAUGGCUCCAGGCUGUGCAGGCGAUGAUGAUCCUUUCAAUUAUCUUCAGUGUCCUGUCUCUGUUCCUGUUCUUCUGCCAGCUCUUCACACUAACAAAGGGCGGGCGCUUCUAUCUCACUGGCAUCUUCCAGGUCCUUGCAGGACUGUGUGUAAUGUCUGCUGCCUCCAUCUUCACGGUGCGGCACCCGGAGUGGCAGAUAUCUGCUUCCUCUAGCUAUGGUUUUGCCUACAUCUUGGCGUGGGUGGCUUUCCCUCUUGCCGCUGUUAGCGGUAUCAUCUACAUCAUCUUGAGAAAGCGUGAAUAAACAAAUAAGUGACGUACAUCGAGGGAGAGAAAAACCAAAAAAACAAAAAUGAAAAGGGGAAUAAAGAGAAUCGAAAAACCAAACAUUACAAUCAGCCUCCCCUCACCAAAUGAGAGAGUGGUGGGGGCAGGUUCCUGUGUUAAUUGAAGAUGUAAAUAGUAUCUAUGGUUUAAAAACCUAUUUAUAACACUUUUUACAUAUAUGUACAUAGUAUUGUUUUGCUUAUUUUCUGUCAUUAAGCUAAAAAAAAGUACUUGUGUCUACUGCAAAUAUAUAAACAUGUUGUGGACAUAUCUAAAACAAAGCAAGAUUCUUUAUGUGUGCCUUACAGCUGAAAUCAAACAGUCUUAAUCAGAUUGCAGUCAUGCGUUUGUGUAGCCGGGGUAAGCACAGUUGGCCUUCCUUGUCAGAAACAAAAUGGACGCCGCUGCAACGAGAGAGGCAUAUCGUAGCAGCUGUUUUUGACAUGAAGAUGGGCACAACAUUUCUUUGUGAGGCCUCCAGGUCUAUACACAUGAGAGAGGCUAGGACCUGGUGGCCAUUAUAGCAGUCUGAUUGGACAGCAGCAGUUUCUAUAGGAGGGCGAUUUUAAAAAUGGCUGCUGAUAAGUGCACUGAUACUGCCAAAUACAGCAAAUAUGUUUAGGGAGAAAACUGCCAUAAAAACAUGGUGGUUUAACGCCUUUUUGGGCAUUUUAAAGAAAGCAACAUUGUUCAAUAUGGUCCAUCUGCCUUUAUGGGGCCCACAACAGAUUACAAAGCUCACUCACUGAAUGCACCGUCAUGGGUGCCCAGUGUCUGCUGUGCCAUAGCUUUCAGUGCAGUAUUUUGUGGUUCCUAAAGGGGGUGCCUGUAUUUCUUGAUUUACCUAUUUUCUGCCAGAGGUUCCCCGUCCCGCAAGCUGGCCUAUAACAACUGGAUAUAACUUGUUCCAAACUAAGAACUGACAAAGAAAAUACAGAUCUGUUUAAAAGAUUACAGUUUUUAUUUUUAUUUUAACCAAUGCGCAUGUAUUAUACGUAUAUAUAAAUGUAUAUGAAAAAAUAUAAGGCAGCCAAAUUUGUUUACCAAAAUGUUUUACUGAUGUAGAAAUUAACUUGUUUUUAAUGAAUCCUGGCUGAAAAAUAUAGCAAAUAUAUUAUAGUUUGAUUUAGUCCCCACCCUAUGUAGGUUAAAAAAACACAGAAGUGGUGCUAUAUUAUUAAUGUUUUAUCAUUCCUUAUAUUUUAACUGCUGUGUAACUUCUGACCCAGUAACAUUUUUUUUUUGAGAAUAAAAACAUGAAAACUCUGCUUUUA